UAGCCGGCGGACAAGAGCGCCAGAGGAGGUUUGUCGUAGGUGUCGUGGUGCAUGAAUCUGUCUUGAGUUUCUGGUUUUUGCGCGCUAAUUCUGUUUAUCACCCCUUCCUCUAUUGUGUUGGUUCGUCAUUAUAAUGCCUGCUCUUCGCUUUGUCAAAUUUCCACAUGGCUCCUCUUUGGCCUGGGUGCUUGAAGCUGCAACUUCACUGCUUCCGUCGCGAACUAUGAAGAGAGACAAGAAGGAUGAGGAAACUGGCGGAAAUCCGUUCGCACACCUCGACAAGACAUCGGUGUUGCAAGAGGCUCGAGCAUUCAACGAGACACCAAUCAAUGCCAGAAAAUGCAGCAUAAUCCUCACCAAGCUACUGUACAUGAUCCAGCAAGGUGAAACUAUCGGUAGAACCGAGGCAACAGAAGCCUUCUUUGCUGUGACAAAGCUCUGGCAGAGUAAGGAUGCAAAUCUUAGACGCCUUGUCUAUCUCGCAGUCAAGGAUCUGUCGGGAAUAGCUGACGAUGUCAUUAUCGUAACGAGUAGUCUUACAAAGGAUAUGACCGGUCGGGAAGAUGUUUAUCGAGCCGCUGCUAUCAGGGCACUAUGUCGAAUUACUGACACGGGAAUGCUCCAAACCAUCGAGCGAUACAUGAAACAGGCUAUCGUAGACAAAAAUGGUGCCGUCUCGUCUGCUGCGCUGGUUUCCUCAAAGCACCUUAUGAGGAAAAGUGCGGAAGUUGUUAGAAGAUGGGCCAAUGAGGUUCAAGAAGCUGUGUCAUCCGACAAUAAUAUGGUGCAGUACCAUGCACUAGGCUUGCUCUACCAUAUUCGAAGCAAUGACCGUCUAGCUGUCAACAAAUUAGUUCAGAAAUUCAGCAAGACUGGCUUGAGAUCCCCGCAUGCAGUCUGCUAUCUCAUACGCAUUGCAGCAAGACUCAUUGAAGAAGAUGAGGGGGCCGAUUCAUCGAUUUUCUCAUUUAUCGAGUCAUGUCUCCGCCACAAAAGCGAAAUGGUGGUUUAUGAAGCCGCAAGCGCGAUCGUUGCACUCCCAAAUACUACUCCGGCUGAGCUUGCUCCUGCUAUCUCAGUGCUUCAGCUAUUUUGUUCAUCACCGAAAGCUGCUCUUCGCUUUGCCGCUGUGCGGACACUGAACAAGGUUUCCAUAAAACAUCCCAAUGCGGUGAUGAGCUGCAAUGUUGACUUAGAGAAGCUAAUCACUGAUUCGAACAGGUCGAUCGCAACACUUGCUAUCACGACACUGUUAAAAACAGGUGCUGAAAGCAGUGUGGAACGUUUGAUGAAGCAGAUCAGCUCUUUCGUAUCGGAGAUCAGUGAUGAGUUCAAAAUUGUUGUUGUCGACGCCAUUCGUUCUCUAUGUGCUCGUUAUCCAAGAAAACAUGCAGUUAUGAUGCCUUUCCUCGCCAAUAUGCUGAGGAAUGAUGGCGGAUACGAAUACAAGAAAGCAAUUGUUGAGACAAUCAUUGCUAUCGUAGAAGAAAACCCGGAUGCAAAGACGGCUGGUCUCGCCCACCUCUGCGAAUUCAUUGAAGAUUGCGAACACGAUAGCUUAGCUACUCGAGUAUUGCAUCUUCUCGGCAGAGAAGCUCCAAAGACGCCAAACCCCUCGAGUUAUAUCAGAUUUAUCUACAAUCGCGUCAUCUUAGAGAGCACCAAGGUACGCGCGGCGGCUGUUACAGCACUAGCCAAAUUCGGGGCGCAGUGUGCAGAGCUUCGACCUUCAAUCCAAGUACUGCUGAAGAGGUGCUUGCUGGAUAGUGAUGACGAGGUUCGUGAUCGGGCUACUUUCUACCUCACACUUCUUGCUGAUGCUGGCGCUUCGGUGAUCAACAAUUUUGUUUUGGAAGGAUUACAGGUGCUUCCAUCAAGCCUUGAGCGUUGUCUGUUUGAUUACGUCAAAGGAGAUUCGUUCAAUACUCCUUUUGAUUUGCGCGUCGUGCCUGUGACUAGCCAGCCACUCUCGCAACCUGAAAAGCGCGCACCUGUAUUAGCCGACGUUCCUGCGGAGAAACCUGUUGUGGCAAAGAAGGAGCCUUAUGCGGAACAGUUGUCUCAAAUUCCGGAGUUCGCACAGCUUGGUCCUCUAUUCCAUUCAUCACCACGUGUUGCUCUAACUGACGAAGUCACCGAAUACACCGUCCAUGCCAUAAAACACAUCUUUACAAAUCACGUUGUCAUCCAGCUGGACUGCAAAAACACUUUGAACGACCAACUUUUGGAAGAUGUCUUUGUAGAACUGGAAGAUCCUGACGGCGAAUGGUCAGUGGAUCACACUAUUCCUAUCAGCAGUUUGCCAUAUAAUGAGACAAAACCUACAUAUGUUCUGAUGGAAUUUCCUGAAUCAGGUUCUGUCACUGGUACUUUCGGUGCUACACUGAAAUUUAACGUAAAAGACGUUGAUCCAGCGACUGGUGAACCAGAAUCCGAUGACACUUACGAAGACAGCUAUGUGCUGGAAGAGCUAGAAUUAUCGGUUGGUGACCUGGUGGCUCCGGUAAUCAAACAAAACUUUAUGGCAUCUUGGGAAGCUAUGGAUGGUGUGAAAACUGUAGACGAGACUUUCACGCUUACUACCGUCAACACACUGAAUGAAGCAAUCAAGAAGGUAUCGGAACUGCUGGGAAUGGCGCCAUGUGAGCGUAGUGAUCGGGUACCAGAAGGCAAAACUCAGCAUUCAACAAUGCUAGCCGGAGUGUUCCGCGGUGGAUAUGAGGUACUUGCUCGGUUGAAUGUUGCUGUGGAUCCGGUUGAUAAAUCGGUAAAUAUGAACAUCCUCGUACGUUGCGAACAAUCGGAAGUUGCGGAAUUGCUGGCCAGUGCCAUUGCCUAACCCAUCUUUUUUUCAAACUUCUCUCUUGAUAAACUAGGGGUCUUGUCGUUCGAUGGUGAUAUGCAUGAAUAGACUAAAUUAUUUAUUAUUGAGCCUGUUAUCUCUUUUUGUUUGUAUGUGAAAUCACUCCGAAUGAAUUUUGAUGGCGGCGCUUGUUAUGGAUUUCAUUUGUUCUACGCCUGUAAUAAAUCUACUUGUAUAA